GACAUGACACCAUUGUAGCCACACGCCUCCACGCUCCUUCUCCGUCCCCACGCUGCUCUGCUUCAAUCCCUGGCCAAGACUCUGAUCGCUUCGCUUCUUCUUCAGACAUCGAAUCAAUGGCUUGAAACCUCAAUUUUUUGUUUUCAAUCAUGGAAUCCCUCAAUCUUCCGGCGUUGCCGAGGUUGCCAUCGAACCUUCAGACGAGAAAACUCAGAUUCGCAAUCAAUCCAAGUUUCGCACGCCAUAGAAGCCCCACGCUGUUGAUCUCCCUUCGUGUUGUGUCCAGUUUACGCACUUUUAAAUGCUCCGGCGUCUCCCACGACCAUGUUCAUGUCCACGGCCAUGGCCACCACCAUCACGACCAUCAUGGUCACAGCCAUGGCGGGAGUAAUUCCCCCUCGACGAAGUAUCAGGAGGCUUUCCUUAGUUUUUCCGAGGCUGUGAAGUGGACUGACCUGGCGAACUUCCUGAGGGAGCAUUUGGAGCUCUGCUGCACUGCGGCGGUUCUCUUUUUGGCCGCGGCAGCUUGUCCCUACUUUCUCCCCAAGCCCGCCGCCAAACCUCUACAGCAAGCUUUCAUUGUCAUUGCCUUCCCUUUAGUUGGGGUUUCAGCGUCGUUUGACGCUGCAAUGGAAAUUUUGGGUGGUAAAAUAAACAUUCAUGUUCUAAUGGCGUUGGCUGCCUUUGCAUCGCUAUUUAUGGGGAAUGCCUUAGAAGGUGGAUUGCUUUUAGCCAUGUUUAAUUUGGCUCAUAUUGCGGAAGAGUACUUUACCAGCAGGUCUAGAAUUGAUGUCAAGGAAUUGAAAGAGAAUCACCCUGAAUUUGCACUUGUGUUGGAUGUGGAGGAUGGGAAUUCACUGAGUUUUACUGAUUUGAAGUACCACAAAGUUCCUGUAAAUGAUCUUGAAGUUGGAUCUUACAUAUUGGUCAGAGCUGGCGAGUCUGUGCCGGUUGAUUGUGAAGUCUUUCAAGGUCGAUCAACUAUCACCAUAGAGCACCUGACUGGGGAAGUCAAGCCUGUGGAGAGGGGAGUUGGAGACAGUAUUCCCGGUGGUGCUAGGAAUCUAGAUGGUAUGAUGAUUGUCAAGGCCAAAAAGGCGUGGAAUGAGUCGAUGCUAAGCAGAAUCGUCCAACUGACUGAAGAAGCUCAACAGAGUAAACCAAAGCUUCAAAGAUGGCUGGAUAAGUUUGGUGAACAGUACAGCAAAGCAGUUAUUAUUUUAUCUGCAUCCAUUGCAUUGUUGGGGCCAGUGCUCUUUAAGUGGCCAUUUUUCAGUACACCAGUUUGCAGAGGAUCAAUUUACCGGGCAUUAGGGCUGAUGGUAGCUGCAUCCCCAUGUGCACUGGCGGUGGCACCAUUGGCGUAUGCAACAGCAAUUAGUGCUUGUGCAAGAAAGGGAAUUUUGCUUAAAGGAGGACAUGUCCUAGAUGCUCUAGCUUCUUGCCAUCACAUUGCAUUUGAUAAAACAGGCACAUUGACAACUGGGGAAUUCAUUUGUAAAGCAAUUGAACCAAUACAUGGUCAUGAUAGCAAUGAGAAACAAAUUGCUUCUUGUUGUGUACCCACCUGCGAAAAAGAAGCACUUGCUGUUGCUGCUGCUAUGGAAAAGGGAACCACCCACCCUAUUGGCAGAGCUGUUGUAGACCAUAGCGUUGGAAAAGAUCUCCCUCCAGUUCUGGUUGAAAGUUUUGAGAACCUCCCUGGUAGAGGACUUUUGGCCACAAUAUCUAGCAUUGAGCCAGGAUUUGGAGGCGGUAAACCAUUAAAGGCUUCAAUCGGUUCUGUCGAGUACAUCACCUCUCUUUUUGCAUCAAAUGACGAAUCGAAGAAAGUCCAAGAUGCCGUCAGCACUUCUUCUCAUGGAAGAGACUUUGUUCGCGCUGCUCUUUCGGUCAAUAAUAAAAAGGUGACGCUCUUCCAUUUUGAAGAUAAGCCUCGAGCCGGUUCUCUGGAAGUUGUCAAGUCAUUGCAAGAAGAAGGAAAUCUUCGUGUCAUGAUGUUAACUGGAGACCAUGAAUCGAGCGCGUGGAGAGUAGCAAACGCCGUGGGCAUCAAAGAAGUCCACUGCAGCCUCAAGCCAGAGGACAAACUCUAUCAUGUUACAAGCAUUUCGCGAAACUCGGGAGGCGGCCUUAUAAUGGUAGGCGAUGGCAUUAACGACGCUCCAGCCUUGGCCGCCGCCACUGUCGGCAUUGUCCUGGCAGAGCGCGCCAGUGCAACCGCGAUAGCCGUUGCUGAUGUGCUGCUACUGCAAGACAACAUUUCCGGGGUUCCCUUCUGCGUAGCUAAAGCUCGGCAAACUACUUCCUUGGUUAAGCAAAACGUUGUGCUUGCAUUGUCCAGCAUCGCAAUGGCCUCGCUCACUUCCGUGUUGGGGUUCCUACCCCUUUGGCUAACCGUGCUUCUUCACGAAGGCGGGACGUUGCUCGUCUGCCUGAAUUCCGUCCGCGCCCUGAAUGCUCCGGCGUGGUCGUGGAGGCACGAUCUUCUGCAACACAUUGAAAAAUUACGGUCCCUGAUUAUACCCGCUGGGGAACACGGCGACCAUCGCCCCGGCACCAUCCAAGCUGCACACCUUUGAUGUAAUGUUUACCCGCCUUGGCCCUUGCCUUUUAUAUUCAACUUUGAAUAUAUGAAACUAUAGCUUAUGAGAUUUGUUCUUGGAAUUUCAUUGAAUCCAAGCUGUGGAUAUGAAAUUAGAUGAUUUAUUGAGAAAAAUGCAGAGCUGAAUUGAUUGGAAAUUGUUGCUUUACCAA